AUGGAGAAGGUCAAGCCAGGUGGAGUGAGCCGCGACAACACAGGCCCUGUUAAGAUAUCCCUCUUUGAUCAGGGUAACGAUGAAGAGGCGAACCUGCGCUGCGACGAGGGAGAAGAGGGGGAGAAAGCCGUUUCGUGCAGGAUUUUACCUUCUAGCCACCUUUGCCAAGGUGGGGAUGACGAGAUGUUUAACAGUGCCAACAACAACCAAGCCGAAGGCUGGACGCGCUUCGCGAUCUCUUCAAGCAAUGACCACAACCCUUGCCAUACGUUUUUGCAAAGCACCAAUUCACGGGAUAUUAUAAGCCUAGAUGGCGGUGAACAGGGGAUGAUAAUUUCCGGUGCCUUUGUGGAGGGUUCCAGCGGUGAUGGCGAUGAUGAUGGUGGUGGCAAUAAUGCUUCUACGGAAGAGAACAGGGGGGAAAGUGAGCCAAAGAAGCGAGCAGUACGUGCGGAUUGGUACUCGUUCUUCUUUCGCGGGACGGUUUAUCACAUCAAAAUGAACUCUUCUCUCGGAGAGACCUACCAGAGCCUGGCUACGAAGGCAGAGCAGCGCAAUUUCAUGAUCGAAAACGGAGAGGCGGAGCCCUACAUAUGCGGAUCCCGGGUGAGGGCUGCACGAUAA